GAGCCCACUAGAAGAAGACGGAGUUUCAAAGACAGCUGCUUUUCUGCUGUGCCAGCGUGAAAGUUAUCGGCAUGUGUGAUGAUGAUGUCAGCGGCUCAGUUGUUCGAAUUGAACCUCUUCAUGAGCGCUGGGACUUGGAGGAAGUGUGCGCAGAUCUACUUAAUGUCCAAUGGCAUCGCAGCAUGGGAGCGCGAAUUCACUCCCUGCGCCAAUCGAGUCAGAACUAUCCUUUGUGUCUCCUCCUACUUAAGGGGGAGAGGCGGAGUCGAGACGAGAAGCUAAUUGGCCACGCCCGUUUGUCCCGUGUACUGGGGAGCCGCAGCUUGUUCGUGGAGUCAGUUGUGGUGUGUAGCACACUCCGAGGGAAGGGAUAUGGCCGCAUCCUUAUGGAGGGUGUAGAACAAUAUGCCAAAGGGCGGGGCUGCACCCGAUUGUGCCUAACCACCCAUGAUAAGCAACAUUUUUAUGCCCACAUGGGGUUUGUGCUGUCCAAACCUGUCCAAAGUGUUGGGACACUGGCCUCCUUCAUGCCUAUGGAGGUGCUGCAUAAAUUCUGUAGGACUGCAGAGAAUGAAGAGAAAGGAGAAAUCGAGAGAGGGAUGAAGAGUGAUGGUGAUAAAUUGUCCUUGAAGUUGCUAAACAAUUGUGCACCAACUGCACCUUCCCAUUUUCCACCUCCACCACUCCCUCCUAACUCCAUCUCUGCCCAUCCACCCCCUCCAUCUCCGCCUCCCUUGUCUUGGACUCCAGUUAAUCAGACUCUGGAGCAAACACCAUACACCGACAACAGAGGGCUGCCCAUCUUUUGGAUGCACAAGGACAUUUGAGACUAAAAUAUACUUUGAAAAAUAAAUCAUUCAGGGAUACACAGUUUAUAAUAGGCAAGAGGAACAUGUUAACCUGCUCAAAUUAUUUUAACUCCAAAUAAUGUGACAAUCUGUAGUUUUACUGUAACUUAUUUAUUACGUUUUCAUUUUAAGUCACUGAAAAUGAUUUUGUCAAAAUAAAAACGGUUUAACUUUUGUCAUUUAAGAGGAUCAUGUUUAAAAUUGUACUAUUCUUGAUGCUUAAAGGGAUAGUUCACCCAAAAAUGUUAAUUCUGUCAUCAUUUACUCUCACCCUCUUGUCAUUUUAAACCUGUAUGACUUUCUACUGCAGAAAAUAAAAAGUUAUAUGAAAGAAGAAUGUUGGUAACAACGGUGGUGCCAUCUGACCUGCAUUGGUUUUGUGUUGAUAUAGAAGUGUUGGUAACCAUUGUGGUAACCAACAUUCUUCAAAAGCUUCUUUCUGUUCUGUUAAAAGGGUUUAAAAUGACAAGAGGGGGAGUAAUUAAUAACAUAAUUUUCACAUUUGGA